CUAGUUUCUGCUGCUGCCUCAUUCUUGUGAUGCUGCUACGCUAAGCUUGUAAUUCUGGGCCAGCAGUGAGAACAUCCUCAUGGAAGCCGACGGUCAGGGUGUGGAAAUCGAUCCACCUAUGCCGGUGCGGCUGCGAGAAGGGAAGCCGGGCAAAGGCAAGCUCCGAAUUUCUGACGCCUUCAAUUCGGCGCACGCCGAGGGCUGUGAAUGCUGCCAACCCAGCUCAUCAACAUUGGAGCCCGGUUUUUGGAGAAAAGUUGGGUUUGGUGAGCAGGCAGAGUCGCAAGAAAGCCAAAAUGUUCGGCUCAUCCUUUUGUCAGAGGUUGAAAAGGAAGCAGAGGUCAUGUCUCCCAUUGAGAGAACGGGCGCCAUUUAUGGCUGGAAAAGAGCAGGUGAAAUGGCAGUGGAGGAGGCUGACUGGGAAGGAGCGGGUGACUGCUAUGCCCGAGCACUUGCCUUUGGUGCUGCGCUGGGUGAAAUUGAUGGUGGAACCCCUUUCCCUGCUUGGUACCCUAGACAAGAAGUUGAUAAACUUUGCUCAGAGGUUUUGGUGAAGGUGUCUGAAAUGGAGGUUGCCAUUGCAGCAGCAGAGGGGGAGGCAUGGCUUGGGCAAGCUUUCGCUGCGGCAAUCAGGGCGAAUCAGCUUGAUCCCUCCAACCCGACGGCGGAGGCCAUGCUGCGCAGACUUCAGACCUAAGGGUGAUGGGCCUGUGAGCCUUGCUAAGCUGCCAGAGUCUUUUUAGAGACCCAAGGCUCGUGUUGUUGGCUUUUACUGCCAAAUUUUCACGAUUGAACAAAACAAACCACCCAAUUGAACGGGAGAUUUCAGCCCUGGAUUGGUGGUGCGACCUUUUGAAACAAAAGGUUUGCCCCACGAGUUUUCGCGUCGGGCUCGUGCACAUAUCACUUGCUCAAAUGGGACGGGGAUGCCUUCGCGCGCCGCAAAAUCAAC